CCGGUUUGACUGCGCUACGGGCACGCGGAGAAGUUGAGUUGUAAACGGAGCGCGUGCGAGGGGUUGCCACAUAAAAACAGCGUGCACUUUUCAGCACCGAUACCUCGUGGAUAGCAGCCAAACGGAGCCGAGCGGAGAAGCCAGCCGUCCACCUCCGGUUGUAUUUAACCGACAUCUUUGCGGUUUGCAUCCGCGCUCAGCUGCUGCAUUAGCGGGGGAAAAAAAAAAAAACUUUAUCGGUACUUUCGAGACGGCUUAAGCGGGAAGAAAUAGACGGUGCAGCCCGAGCUUUGUUUGCCCCGGUGGGCAAAUAGUGCCAAAGAGCUGCUCUCUCAAGUUUUCAUCGGCUAGGAGAACCUGUACUUUCGGCUCGGUUGUGUCCGAAUUGUGCGGUAAGGGCGCCCCCGGGGGAGGACUAAAUGGCUGCAAAUGAAGGAAAACAAAGGUGAUACAGAAGAUUAUUCAUCCUAUAGCCGGUUCGGUCCAAGUCGCGGUGGAUUCGUGGUCCUGUAUUAGCCGCACAGCCCCUGCUCGUACCGCUUGCUAGCCGCUGAGGUCUCCAUUGUGUGUGUGAGCAUCUCCGUGCUGUUCGCCCCCCGACCCCCGGAUCCCGCGCUGCCAUCGCACACCUGCCGCCACUGUGGCCGCGUCUCUUUUGUUUUUUAAUCGCAUUCAUUUUUAACACACGAAAACCCCCCCACCCCCGUAAAACAAACAAACAAAAAAAAAAUGUGCUCCCGGGUUUGGUUCGUAACCGACCGGCGUAUCAGCCAGGAGUACCCCCAAGUUCAGAUCCUGAGGGCACUGAAGGAGCGCUGCGCCGAAGAGGAUGUGGAAUUCCGCUAUCUGCUCAUGGAUCAAAUCGUACUCACUAUCAGCGAAGGACAGCUAGGUCUGCGGGUGGAGCAGGAGGUGGUGACCUCUUAUCCACAGGUGGUGGUGGUCCGGGUGCCCACGCCCUGGGUGCAGUCAGACAGCGACAUCACUGUACUCCGUCACCUGGAGAAGAUGGGCUGUCGGCUGAUCAACCGGCCUCAGGCUAUUCUCAACUGUGUCAACAAGUUCUGGACCUUCCAGGAGCUGGCCGGCCACGGGGUGCCUCUUCCUGACACCUUCUCAUACGGGGGCCACGAUAACUUCCGCAAGAUGAUCGACGAGGCCGAACCGCUGGGUUACCCCGUGGUGGUGAAGAACGCACGAGGCCACAGAGGCAAGGCCGUGUUCCUGGCCCGGGAUAAACACCACCUGACGGACCUGUGCCACCUGAUUCGCCACGACACCCCCUACCUGUUUCAGGAGUACGUCAAGGAGUCACAUGGCCGCGACGUGCGGGUGGUGUUGGUGGGCGGCCGCGUCAUCGGCUCCAUGCUACGCUGCUCCACCGACGGACGCAUGCAGAGCAACUGCUCCCUGGGCGGCGUGGGGAUGAUGUGUCCACUGAGCGAGCAGGGUAAGCAGCUGGCCACGGAGGUGUCCAACAUCCUGGGCAUGGACGUGUGCGGCAUCGACCUCCUGCAGCUCAACGACGGCUCCUUCGUGGUGUGCGAAGCCAACGCCAACGUGGGCUUCAUCGCCUUCGACCAGGCCUGCGGCAUGGAUGUGGCGGGCAUCGUGGCCGACUACGCGUUGUCGAUGCUGCCGAGCCGCCUCACCCGCAAGAUGUCGCUGCUGUCGGUCGUGUCGAGCACCAGCGAGACCAGCAGCGAGCCCGAGGUGUGCCCCGUGCCGCCAGGCGGGGGAUCCCUGCCCGAAGCCGUGUGCAACAUGAGCGUGGGCUCCACCUCCAGCGAGAGCGACCCCGAGCUGGCCGAGCCCCCCCAGCCCUCGCCCCGCCAGGCCUCGGCCCCCGCCCUGCCGGAUCUCCCCGACCUCCCCGAUCCGGCGUACAACUUCAACACCCUCCUCGCCAACGAGAUCAAGUUAUUGACUGAGUGAGAAUGAAGCGGCUUCGUGCGCAUGCAAAACACUACAGUUACACAUUAAAAACACACACAGGAUCAGACAUUCCUAUAAAAACACAUAUCGAGAUACAACUUUAAUGCAAAACGAGCAGAAAAAAAACCAGAACACACCGACCAAAAAACACAUCGAACAUGAAGUAAGUCUUGAAAAACAAAGAUCUGAGGCUGCUCCCCUGACUCUCCUCUCUUUGCACCUCUGCUCUCAAACUGCCAACCAACCCCACGUCCACACUUGGCCUCCACCGCAGCACGGUGCCAGGAGUGGGUUUAAUCUCACCUCAUAUUUACAGAUUGGCCUCUCCAUGCCUCGAUUCUGCAGAAUUUACAAAGGUGAAGGUUUACAAAUAAUCGAUGCAAUAUAUCUUUUGGAUUGGUUGUGGGAUUCCCUGCCAAGUUUUCACCCUCACAAUAAGCUAAUAUUAUUUAAAAGAGAAUCUGUUUUCAUAUCAAAGGGUUUCCUGCUGAGACUGUAGUCGGGUUUGGUGGAGUGGAGGCGAAAUGAAGUGUUUUUUCCUAAUCAUUAUUAUUAUUAUUUUAAUUUUUUUUUUUUUCAAUUGUUUAGCUCCUGGGAAAGGAAUAUGACGACAAGGCACAUUAAACUGACGGUACCAAUGUAGCAGAGAAGUGUUAUAGGAUCAGACCCAUCCUGAAGCGACUUAAACAUUCAUUCAUUCACCUCGCCUUGUCCUCCAGAGGGUCGCGGGGGUGCUGGAGCCUAUCCCAGAUACCUAUGGGAUGGAGCUCCAUAGGUAAGUGUACAUUUAAGUACACUUAAAUGUACUGAAAUAGAGAGGAUGGGUUCAACAUACCACCCUCAGUUUAAUGAAUAAAGCAUCUUAAAGUUAAAAUGAGAAUAGGAGCUGGAACUGCUACGUUUAUCGCAAAAAAAAAAAAAAAAAAAGCAGCUGAUGUUGUGUAAGAAUGCGUUUUUUUUUUCUUUAGUUUUUUCUUUUUUUUUUUUUUUUUUUUUUAAACCUUUGCAGACGACACCAUAAAUGAACUCUCCCGUUUACUCCCAACUAAGCGGUCCGACUUGUGCAAGGUGGAAUAAAAAUAACAAAAAAAACCACAUCCCCGGCUUUAAAAAAAAAAAAAAGAAAAACAGAAAAAAAAAGAGCAUCGUCACUCAGUUUUCGGUUUUACAUUCCUUCAUAUCCGAACUGAUCAGCCUUACCAGCGGCAGCGGCAGGUUGCUGCUUUUUAAAAAACUCAUUCAAUAUCUUGCACUUUAUGAAGAACAGAUGCAUUUUGUUUUCUCGCUCAGAUGACAUAUUUAGGAAACACGACACCGCGUUCGAAAGGUCUACACCUGCGAGCAAAAUAUACCUCACAGUGACUUUCACUGCCAUAGGAAGACAUAGAUACGCAAACAUAUCACUGUGGUUUCCAGGCCCCCAUUCACCAGGUGUUCCUUCCCUUUAUGUCUUGGAACUAAAAAAAAAAAGGUAGUUGUGUAUUAUUAUUUUUUAAUUUUCUAGCUCUUUUGUAAAUAUUUAGCGAUUUAGCUUCAGUAAAUAUUAGUAUAUCCAGCUGAUGAAACUGGAAUGGCUACGUAACUGCCAACAUUGACUUUUUAAUACGCUAUUGUUUUUACAGAACAAUGAUAUUAAAAGGUUGAAAGUGAAAUUUGGUGCUAACAUUUCUGGAUUUGGUUAGAUGUGAUUUCUCAGUCAUGAUUUGUAGAUUUUUACUUUUAUUGUUUUCUCCUUGUUUUUUUGAUAACAAAAAAGUAUCCUAACCUACAAACUAUGUUGGCAUGCUGUACAAAUACAACAAAUGGAAAAUAUAUUUUUGCAGUCUCUAUGAAUAGAAUGUUACUUUUUCUUUCUUUAGUAAAGAAAGGAGAAAAAAAAAAGAUCCAGGGAUUUCAGUGGCCUCAUUUCUCGGUUUAGUUCCUCUUCCGUACCUCCUGUAUCCCUUUGCUGGUAAAUGCCAUUCAACACUUAUCAUUUACAGGUCUUAUAAAAAAAAAGCACAAAAAUAACCCCUCAACUGUCCCACUUAUCAUAGUAAUGUCUGUGCGCGUAGGCUUGUAACCCUUUCUGUUGACGCAAAAAAAAAAAAUUUGUCAAAUAGUUGAGUUGAACAUAACUCAGGGAAGCAGCCUGGAUCUCACCCCAAACGCAUGACAUAUCCAUCCACACUCGAAACAUGUCGAAAAACAGAACACAUACCAACAGGCAGACAAAAAGAUGCAUAAACAACAAUGAAAAAAAGGUUGUAAACUACAGUAUAAGAAGAUGUGGUGUAUACCAUGGUUAACAUGCACUUUUUUUCCUUGCUUGUUUUAUAUUGUUCCUUGUUUUUUUUUUUUUUUCCUAAUUUAUGGUAUUUUUAAAAAGAAAAAAAAAAGUGGUUUGUGUGCACUAAUAUUGUCUCAAUAAAGUGAAACGGCUGUGAAGCUUGAUAUUUCCUUUUUUGUGGGCCGAAUUUAUUAACGAUCUGGAAUCUCGCCUGCUUGAGGGUGCCAAAUCUCAACCCACCAGACAACAGGAAAGGCAGCUUUUUCUUUUUUUUUUUUGAUUUCUUUUUUUUGUUUUGUUUUUUUUUGUUUUGUUUUUACGUCUGCUGUCAAGUGAUCACAGUGGCUCCACUGAGAAAAUAACACCAUUUACACUACUGUGAUGUUGUCCAGUGUAUAUACAGUAUAUGAUGAAAGUAUCCGACAAACAAACUGUGAAACCCCACCCCCCACCCCCGACCCGACCCGACGUCCGCUGUCCUGAUACACAAGGUGGGCCUGAAGAUCAACAAACCACAUCCCAAAAAAAACGUUUCUACCGGUCACUAAUCUCCGCCUGUUGUUGUUCCCGAUGUUAUGAAGUCAUCGUUUUUGUAAUGAAGCCUGUGUCAUUUCACAUUGUGUACAUAACUGUAAACCAGAGAUCACAUAUCCUUUCAAACAUUAAAAACCAGCCAUAGACAUUUCUCUCUCUCUCUCUCUCUCUCAUCCCCUUUUGUUUAAUUCUGUAGUAGUAACGUAUCCACAUGCGUGCAGAGCACAUCCAACAGGGUUUGUCGGAUGUUCCAAAAUACUGUUUGAUUUUCUUUGGGAGCUUAAAAAACAAAACAAACAC